ACUCCAUCCCUGGCCACAGCUUCGUGGGCGUUUCUACGCCUGAUUACUUGUAAAGAGGCCCUUCGUGUCGGACAUCGCUGGUAGAAUGGAUUAUCAGACCAUCAAUAUGGCUGGCGAUGCUUCGCACGAUGCUGCUGACAAUUUAUCUUUCCUUUCGGACUCCACUAUCAACUGCGGACGUCCGGAAGAAGAGGGUCACUGUGAUGCUGAUGCACCCCUAGAAGGCCACAAUAAUGCGGAAUUCACGACGCAGCGUGAAACUGUCACGUCAAGGCAAACCUUCACGUCAGGGCAAAGCUUCACGCCGCGUUCGCUCCUUGUCGGCCUGUUCAUUGGCACGCUGAUAACGUUCUCUAAUACUUAUUUUGGCUUACAAACCGGUUGGGUCAGUAGUAUGGCGAUGCCAUCAUCCCUUAUCGGAUUCGCCAUGUUCAAGGCGCUGUCGAAACAUCUCUCAUUUCCCUUCAGUCCGAUUGAGAACGUCUUGAUCCAGACUGUAGCAGGAGCAGUGGGGACGAUGCCACUGGGGUGUGGCUUCGUUGGUGUGAUACCUGCGCUGGAGUAUCUGCUCCGCGAGGGCGAGGACGGGCCAGGUGGAGAUGGUGGCAAAGGUGAAGGUGGUCCACUGAAUGUCAGUUUCUGGAAGUUGGUUGUAUGGAGCCUUGGAGUCUGUCUGUUUGGGGUUGUGUUCGCAGUCCCUCUGCGAAAGGAGGUUAUUGUGCGCGAGAAAUUGAAGUUUCCCAGUGGCACAGCGACUGCAUUGAUGAUCAGGGUUCUACAUGGCGGCGCCAAAGAUGAAAAGGCGAAGAACAGACACGAGCGGGUUGCACAUGGGCCAGAAGGCGAGGGACUCCUCGCCUCUAAUCAGUCGCGGAGCGCGCGUCCUUUGCGCAGGAUACGAACAACAGAGAGCAGAGCAGAUAGGCGAAAGAACUGGACGUCAAACAUCCGGAUGCUUAUCGGCGCCUUUGCAUUCUCUGCUUUCUAUACACUCUUCUCCUAUUUCGUCCCUCAAAUACGGGAUAUACCAAUCCUUGGACUUUCGCUCUCAUCCCACUGGCUGUGGAGUUUGAACCCUUCACCAGCAUAUGUCGGUCAAGGUAUCAUUAUGGGCCCCUCUACCUCGAUGCACAUGCUUUUCGGAGCCGUGCUAGGCUGGGGUAUUUUGUCCCCCCUUGCAAAGAAGAAAGGAUGGGCAUCGGGCCCUGUUGACAACUGGGAGACCGGAAGCAAGGGCUGGAUCGUGUGGGUAUCUCUGGCUAUCAUGCUGAGCGACUCCAUUGUCAGUCUAGGCUGGCUCAUCCUUAAACCUAUCGUGCACCGUGCUCCUGAAUGGAAGACCGGACUGCUUUCCAUCCAUAGAGACUGGAAAGGGACCCUGAGGAGACUCAGGCCGUCCUCAUCUGGUAGCUACUCUAUUCUCAACCCCUUGUCAGACGCAUCUCUGGCACCAGCUAGUCGGCUACAGAAUCCAUCCAGCGACGAAGAUGAGGAUGACGCGCCGCCAUCGCAACUCAUCUCCACGCGAACAGUCCUCAUCCUUCUCCCGUUAACACUGGCACUGAAUGUGGUCUGUAUCCACAUCGCAUUCGGAGACAUUAUAUCCCCUUUCCUCUCCACAAUCGCCACACUUCUUGCGCUUAUCUUAUCGGUGAUGGGCGUUCGCGCCUUGGGAGAGACCGAUCUGAACCCAGUUUCCGGAAUCAGCAAACUCACCCAGCUACUUUUCUCACUUGUCACACCUGCAUCUCAGCACACGCGUCGAAGCGCAAUCGUAACGAAUCUCCUGGCCGGCGCCGUCUCCGAAUCCGGUGCCCUCCAAGCCGGUGAUAUGAUGCAGGAUCUCAAAACAGGCCAUCUGCUUGGAGCCAGCCCGAAGGCCCAGUUCUACGGCCAACUCAUUGGCAGUCUUUUCGGCGCUGUGAUUUCAACAGUCGUCUACAAGAUGUACGUCCAUGUUUACGACGUGCCAGGACCUAUGUUCCAGAUACCCACAGCAUAUGUCUGGAUAUUCACGGCACGCCUCGUCACGGGUCAGGGUCUCCCCCCGAUGGCCUGGCAGGCAGCUAUGAUCAUGGGGGCGAUCUUCGUCGUCCUAACUAUCCUGCGCAUCCUUGGUGCACCCUCCACCGUAGGUAAGGGCCGUCGCUCUGCGCCCUGGAGGAACUGGAUUCCUGGCGGCAUCGCCGUCGCGGUGGGGAUGUACAAUGUGCCCUCCUUCACUCUGGCGCGCGCCAUCGGUGGUCUCAUCGCCUGGUGGUGGGGUUGGAAGGACCAGAGACCACGAGCGACUCAGUUUCGUCGGAAACCGAACAGGAGAACGCAAUGCACCACUGAUGAGGCUAUCGCCAGCGACCGCGGGGUGGAGGUGGACGUAAAUGAAGAGGAAGAGGAACAAGAGCUAGAUGAAGAAGCAGAAGAUGAGUCGUCUUCAACCGUAAUCGUUUUGGCUUCGGGGCUCAUCCUUGGUGAAGGAGUGAUCAGUAUCGUGAACCUGAUCCUUGCCAGCGGCGGAGUACCGCAUCUUUGAUACCAUUUCUAGAUUAGAUAGCUAGCCGUCUCAAUUUUGGAAGACGAGAUGCAUUUAAAAGUUACAACACCUCAAUCUACCAUCUUUGGAUUGUUGGUGGAGAACUGCA